ACAGUAAUUCAGAUUUUCCAUUAAAUACUUAGUUCCUGAAAGGAAUGGCUUCUUAUUUUGUAUACCAGGGCAAACCUGUUAAUUCGUUUUUAAUCAAGCAUGGACAUUUGGGGUAGAGUUGAAAAGAAUUUUGCUGACGUGUAUAAAGACAGAAUGGUACCACUAUAUAAAAGUAAACUAAUCUCAAAAAAAUUGGUUAUUAUGAUCUUGGUAUGGCGUGUUUAAUUGACUUAAGUUCAGUUUCGCACUUCUCUUUCAGAAAUUUUGAUCCCUAUCCAUAGUCCUCCGUUAAUAUAUAAUAACAUCUAGUGACUUUUAUAGGGACAAGGAACCGUGUUGACUUUCUUUUUAAAAUCUGUUCACAUCGCCUACCUCCUCGACAUGAAGUUAAAAUGUGUGUGUUUUUGAUUACAAUCAGUGCAUUUGAAGGAGAUAAAUUGUAUUCCAAUGUGUUCUCAUGAAAAAUAAAGAGAGAGAUGUUUAUGUUAAAUACAUCGGCUCCAGUAUGAUCAUUUGCUUCCUGUUGAUAUCCGCUGUUUUUCCCUCUACAUCUGUCUCCCAAGAAAGCAAUGUACUGGACGAAACAGUCCGGUUAAUGGACGGUAAAAGUCCCUAUGAAGGGCGGGUUGAAAUCUACCAUUCCGGCGUCUGGGGCACUAUUUGUGAUGAUAAAUGGACGGACAGAGAAGCCGGGGUUAUAUGUCACAUGAUCGGAGCAACGAGAGAAAAUGCUUCAGUUAGAAAAUUUUCUAAGUUUGGGAAUGGCAUUGGAAGCAUUUGGCUCGAUGAAGUCUCUUGCAUCGGGAAUGAAACGUCAAUUGUAGACUGUUCUCAUACCAUGUGGGGUAUCAACGACUGUACGCAUGCGGAGGAUGUCGGCGUCAUCUGUGAACCCAACACUGAAACAACCAUCAAUCCAUCUCCUGUGACAGCAAUUCCGAAAUUUUAUGUUGCUCCGCAGGAAAAUAUAGUUCCAUGGAAUAACUCUUUCCAGUUGAUUUGUUUCACACCAUCAGAUGAUAUCCCGUCGAGUGGUCAUAUAGUAUGGUGCAAAAAUGAUGUUAUAUUCUUCAACAAAACCAUUGAAUCACACAAUGCCACAAGUAAAUGGACUUACAGUGUUGGCCAGGCCUUAUCGAUACAUACAGCUACUUAUACCUGUGGAUUCGAACAAUGUCAAAGGUCAUUGGCAACCGUACAAGUCACAGAGAUUCCAGAGAAUGAAUGCAAACUGGUCCAGAUCCAGAAACCAAACUGUGAAAUGGACAAAAUCAACGAAGUGGGAGCUGAGAUUAACCUUCUUGCUGAAGGAACAGAACCUAGUGACAUUCAUCACGUGAUUAAGACGGCGUUACCAAAAAUAGCCGCUGUCGUCAGGGACGGUAUAUCAAACGCCGAAAGUUUGGACAGAACAGUGGACAUUAUACAUAAAAUGGCCAACCUGGCAGACGCCUCAAAUGUGACCUUACAUCCCGAGACGUUUGUGACAAUGGUGGAUCACUUAUUGUCUACCAAUCGGACCACUGCCUGGCAGAACAAAUCCACGCCGGUUGAAUCCAGCGUUAAUAAGAUUCUACAGGCUGUAUCGACGUUCGGCAAUGUGGUGGCAAAGACGGUCACGCUACACGAAAACGUAACGUUCACUACAGAGAAUUUUGUUAUGACAGUGGCCAGGGAGGCUAGGGACAAAAGCAUUCAUUUUCCGGAAGAAGAGGAGACCGCCAGGACACAUUUAGUUCUCCCGCCACAACCACAAAUCAACCAAUCAGAUUUCAGUUACGUGGCUACUAAAUUCAAGUCAAUAUCAGAAAUUCUCUCUGGAGGUGUGACUUCAAUUAAACCUGAGGUGGAUGAUUCUGUUGUUUCUGACGUCCUAGCAUUGUCUCUAAAUGGAGAGAAACAACACUUUAACCUCAAACCAGGACUGCUUCUGAGUUUUACCCAUCCUAAACACGAUAUGAAAAAAGCUAAUACUGAAUGUGUGUACUGGAAUACAAAUAAAACGAGAGGAAGCCAUUGGUCCAAAGAAGGUUGCUUAACAACCAGAUCUGGAGAGAACGUAACACAUUGCUUGUGUGACCAUCUGACUAAUUUUGCAGUACUCGUGAGACCAUACCAAUCGGAAAUAGAGGAACCAGAGGCCCUGAAGUGGAUAUCACUGAUUGGUUGUUGUGUCUCUGUCUUUUUCUGUAUCAUCACCAUUGUGAUUUUUCUAGUGCUUUGGAGAUUUAUCCGAUCUGACAUGAACUUAUUGGUUAUUCAUCUAUGUUUGAGUAUCGCCCUGGCCUACACCCUGUUUGUUGCCGGGGUGGAAAGGACAGAAAAUAAGGUCACGUGUUUAAUCAUCACAGUGUUUCUGCAGUACUUAUUCCUAGUUGUCUUCUGCCUCAUGUUGGACAUCGGGAUAUACUAUUUUGUCCACGUGACCCUUGUUAAGAUAUCCUUUCUCAGUGCCAACAGAUUUACAUCAAAAUCCAGGAAGACGCUAUUCCUUCUUAUUGCUUACGGUCUUCCCGCUGUUAUAACUGGCAUAACAUUAGGUCUGACGUACCCAUCUAACUACCAUCCUAAAAAUAUAUGCUGGCUGUCGUUUGACAGUGGUGCUCUGUAUGGAUUUCUUGCUCCUGUUGCAUUUAUUGUAUUGAUUAAUUUUAUCAUCGUAAUUACGUUGGUUGUUACAAUGUAUUCAACGCAGCUGGCUUCCACAGUCACCAUCAGAAGGAAAGCAGUAAUGGGUAUCCGCAGUAUAUCGACAUUACUUCCGGUUAUGGGAAUCACGUGGUUAUUCGGCUUCCUCUCCAUCAGUGAAAAUGUUAUCAUAUUUCAGUACAUAUUUGCAAUCCUUAAUUCUCUACAGGGAUUUUUCAUAUUUUUAUCAAACUGCAUUUUCAAUAAAAAGGUCAUCGAAAUAAUAACAAGAAAAUCUCCCAAACAAUCUACAAUAACACACAGCUCACAGGACAAGAUGUCCUUUGUGGCAAACAGUGAAGUUGGAGAUGAAAUUUUAAAUGAGAUAACCAAAAAGCUGUCGGUUAAGAAAAGUGGCAGAAUCAAAGCACAGAACAGAUCUCUAUAUAACUAACACUCGAUUUUCAAAACUGUCAACUGUCUAAGCAUAAUAUUACUAAUUGACUUGUAAAUAUUCUAUCUCCAUUUUAUUUUUCUGCGACAUAUAUACAUCAUUGUUGUGAUUUUUUCUUGUUUUUAAAAAUGUGUUUCAAAGA